UGUCUUGACUCUUCGCCUUUCGCUGCUGUGCUCUUCCAGGUCUCCGCUCUGCGUGAGGCGUCUCGUGGUUCGGGCCGACAUGGAGAUAAGACGGAAAGAAGACGAGACGGCCGCGAAUCCGUUAUGUGCGAAGUGGUGUGUCGCCAUGGUGAAAAGCGAGCCUGAUGCGUGGGAACCACUGGAUCCCGAGUCUGCCGUGGUGCACCAAGCUCAGCCGUCGGUGCUGGAUCAAAAGGAAGUCCUGCCCAAUCCAGAAACUCCCCAUGACUACGACAUUGGGAAUUACGUAGACUGCAGGCAUUCGAUAAGUGAUGAAAUUAAGUAUAAACUGCUUACCCAGCCGUGGACCCCUCAUCCGAGCUACGAGUUCCCAGUGUAUAAAGACUCGGAGAACACGUCGCGAAAAUUUAAUUACUCGUGGCUGAUAAAUUAUCCGUUCGUAUCUUAUAGUGAGAAAUGCGCUGGCGUCUUUUGUCGCGUUUGUGUGCUGUUUGCCCCAAUACAGGUAGGAGGCCAGAAACUGUCUACGCUGGUUUCUCAGCCAUGCAAGAAUUGGCAAAAAGUUACGACAAAAUUAAAAAAUCACACUACAAAAAAGUUUCACGAAGCAGCCUGUUUGGAAGCGCAAAUAUUCAGUGAAUGUUAUGAAAAAACCUAUAAAAUUCUCAUACACACGCUGGAUGAAGAAAGAUGUGCCCAGGUAGAAGAAAACCGAAAGAAACUUGCACCUAUCAUUGAGACUGUGGUGUUUGCAGGUAAAAACGGUCUGCCACUUGGAGGGAAGGAUAAUGGUGAAUUAGAUAAGAAUGGUGAGAGUAAAUCUGAAAGCAUUUUCCAGUCACUUCUGCACCUUCAUUGUCAAGCUGGUAACGUAACCUUACAUGAACACUUACUAAAUGAGCCCCAAAAUGCAAUAUACAGUAGUGAAACCAUUCAAAGGGAAAUUAUAGAAGCAAGCAAUAUCAUCGUCAGAAGCAAGCUGGUAUGUGAAAUAAAUGAGUCAGGUUUUUUUGCCGUAUUCCUAGAUGAUGAAACCACGGUCAUUUCAAAUGUGGAACAAAUGUCUGUCUGUGUGCGGUAUGUCAAAGAAGAUCCAGUUACAGUUUGUGAAGUUUUCCUAGGCUUUUUACCUGUUUAUAACCUGACUGGUACCAGUUUAGCAAAGGCCCUUUUGGAUUUCUUGAGAGAAUGUAGUCUAGAUUUGACAAAAUUGAGGGGGCAGGGUUAUGAUGGAGCCACCAGAGUGGCUGGCCACAUAAACAGUAUACAGGCUCACAUAAAAUCUGACUUUCCCAAAGCUGCGUACAGCCAUUGUGCAUCUCAUGCUCUGAAUCUUACCAUAGCAAAAUCUUGCACAAUACAUGGAAUAGAAACUACCUUAGGCAUUCUGAAUGAAGCUAUCGAAUAUUUUGAGGAAUCAGCCAAACGGAUGAAGUACCUGUCAGAUGCUAUAAAUGCCAUGUGUCCAAAGAGCAGGCACAAACGCUUGCAAAGUGUCUGUGUUACUAGAUGGGUGGAGCGACAUGACAGUAUCAUGGUGUUCGCUGAGCUCUUUGAUGCUAUUAUUGCAGCACUAGAAGCAAUGCAGACGGAUGGUGACAAAGCGGUCAGAAAUAAAGCAAAUUUCUACUACAAAAGCGUAUGUGAUUUUGAAUUUAUUAUCAGUUUGACAGUUGCUGAAUUCCUCUUAGGAAUCACUCUUCCACUGUCCAAGGAACUUCAGAGGGUAAAUGCUGACAUUGUGGAAUGUUUUGACCAAGUGAAAUUGGCAGUUGAGGUUUUAGAAGGUAAGAGAUCUAACUCUAAUGCUGAAUUUGCAGAAAUAUUUAAUAUUGCCCAGUCACUUGCAAUUAAACAUGACAUUGAGGUAAAAUUGCCUCAACUUGCAGCCCGGCAGCAACACAGAUGUAAUGUUCCAUGUGACAGUGUUGAGGACUACUUUCGAAUUAACACUUAUAUCCCAUUUUUGGACUUCAUGAUUCAAGAACUGGCACAGAGAUUUACAUUGCACAGCAACACUGUAACAGAUCUUGGCAUUCUAAUACCUCUCUUUUCAUGUCGGUAUCCAUCUGAAAAGCUUAGCCGUGUUUUAGAGAUGUAUGGCGAAGACUUGCCAGAUAGCGGGAAUAUGGUUUUGGAGGAAUUUCAAUUGUGGAAACUCAAGUGGCAGGGCAAGGAGGAAAACGAAGUGCCAAGCACAGCCAUUGAUAGUCUGACAGACUGUGACAAGGGAUGGUUUCCAAAUAUUCAUAUUUUGCUCAGGAUUCUGUGCACACUUCCUGUAUCCGCAGCUCCAGAGAAAAGAAGUUUCUCUACUCUCCACAGAAUUAAAACUUGGCUUCGUUCAGCAGUGGAUGAAGAGCGUCUUAAUGGACUGGCCAUGUUGUACAUAAACUCGCACAUUAAAAUAACUGUCAGUGAAGUGUUGGAUGAACUGUCAAGACGCUCAAGGCUAGAUUUUAUUUUAUUACUCUGAAUGAGAAAUGUACAUAGACUCCUAAGGACAAAAGUCUUUCCUAGUUUGUUGCCCUUUUUAUACUUAAUAUAGCAACUGACUACACAUUCCAAUAAAGUUGAAUUUGUUUUUACUUCAAUCUUAAACUCAAUAAUAUAACCCUUGGACCCUAGGAUAUUAGUAAAGUUUCUAGUUUCUUUGUAGUUGGAGAAAAAUUGCAUUGUUAUAUGUGAUGAAGAUGCACCACAUCACAUGCUGGUCCUUGUGCCUAGAUGCCCCAGGCAAUUUUGUCUGUCAUCCCACUGGUUUCCUCGGGCCAUAACCAGUCAUGGUUUCUGCCUGAUUAACCUCCGUAGGCUGAAACUGGAGGCCAGUGUGGAACUAUGGAACUACAGAACUCUGGCCAGCUGGGAACACUGCCAGCAUAGAAAGUCUAGGGAACUCAAGACCUGCCCAACCAAGAAAACAAAAAGCAGGAAAGCACUAUUUUCUGAAAAAGCAGAAAGUUGAUGAGAAAGGGGGCAUUGAUUACCUUUUUAAAGCUCAUUCCUUCUACACUAAUGUGACUUGGGAAAGAAGAGGUGUCAGUAUUUAUGAAUGUUGAUGUAAGGAGCUGGCAAGAUUGCAUGUAGUUCAUACUCUGUGCACAAAACCAUAUAAAUGCGAAGUGAUGGUUAUACAAUCAGGCUUCCAGAGUUAAAAGGUGAAAGGUCAACUUUAACCUCGCUCUUUUUGCUUAUGCAAACCCAAGCGUGGGCUUAAUGUGGAAAUGAUUAUGAAAUUGCACGUUGUUUUUUCUCCUAGAAGUAGCAUUUCGGUGGAGUUCUCCCUCUUUGCUCCACUUCAACUCAGUCAAUUAGGCCAUUGACCCCUUACAGACAAGGCGCCAGCUUGUGCCACUUUACUAUCACUUGGGUACCACAGGUUUAGGUCUGUUGUGCAGUAUGACCUCCCUCUGCAGUGUGCUCUGGGUGACUAGACACUGUCAUCUGUCUCUGUGAUGGAAUUAGGCUCUCUUCUUCACAGAUUGGCCAGUUGGCACCAAUUUGUUGGUAUGGAUUGGCCAGUUGCCCAAGGAUGAAUCUUGUUUCCUAAAUUCAAAUAGAAUUUAAGCCUCCAAGGGAAUCUGUGGGGGCUUUGCUCUGCUGAACUCAGCUCUCACUCCUUAGCCUUCUUUGUAAUCACAUGUGUUUCAACUCAGUUGAUUCCAGGCAAGAUUCUAUCCUUGCUGCUUUCAUUUCAUGCUUGUUUUACUCUCCCUGUUUGAAUUUGGGGCAAAUUGUUCUGCCCCAUGUCUCCUGUGAGCUUGGACUUUGAAGUCUGUCCUUGCCAUUCCACAGAAUGUCUGCAGAUGGCUUUGGAGAGGAGAAUGCGACGCUCCUCACUUGGAAGGAAUUCUGUUUUAAUUGAGAAGUUGAGACAAAAAAGGGGAAUUAUCCUAGCUGGUCAGGAGAUGCAAGAGCUAAGAAUGGAAGCAGACUUCCAGCAUGCCCUUGAGCAACAAAUCUUAAUAAAGCUCUGGACUUAUCAAGUGUGCUCCUUUGUGUCAAUCAAAUUUCUCCAUGUUCUCAAAACCUCUCCUCUCUUUGGUACAAUCACAGGCCAACUCCCAAAGACCCUAAAAUCUUUCAUCUCCUGAACAUUUGUAUAUUUGUUUAUAAUCCUUCUUUAUUCUUUCUAGCUUCGCAGUGCAGUUAAGGAGAGAAAAAAACCCAGAUCCCAUGUUCAUAGGACUGCAGCAGGAGAGGAAUCCUAAUUUCCCUGGGCUUGUCCCCCAGUUUGUACUCUGCUGCCUCUUGCUACACAUUCACCUACUCCCUGUCCAGAACUUGCGUGUUCUCAAGGACACCUCUGGGCUCCUCUUUUUCGUUCCAUGAUGCCUUUUAAACCUCUCCUUCAUAUUGCCUUUUUAUCUUUUCCCUUCUCUCACUUGUAUCUGGCUAUAUCAUUGUAUUCAGUCAUUUUGUUCUCCCCUUGCAGUGCUAAAUCCCUCCUAGAAAGGCAGAACAAGCUUCAUUGCAUAAGACUAUUGCUGUGUGGAGUUCUGUGCUGGGCUUGAACACUUGAGAGGGUAACAUUACAGUCCAGUGCGGAGAUGCACUGUGUGCUGUCUCUUUCAAGCCCUCCUGUCUCCUUCAGUGGUGCUCAUCUCAUUCCACCAUUUUGUGACCUCUUCUUUUCUUCCAUUGUUGUCUUUGGUGGCAAUCCCUUGAUUCGAGGAUGAUCUCUACUAUAGCUCAUUGGAGAGUGUUUCCUGUGCCAGAAGCCUAUGCAUGACUUCAUUUAACCUGAGGAAGCUGGUGCACAGAAACAGCAGCCACGCAAUCUUCACAAGGUAGAGAUCUGGACCCAGUGUCAGGGGAGAAACCCUGAUGACGGGAGACCUCUGUUUUGGUGCAGCCACCUUCUGUUUUUACAGCUGUUGAGAUCCUACACCUGCCUGAUCCACAAUUGAGGACUUGGGGUUGGACCAUAGUUUGUCUGGAACCUCCCCUCAGGCUUGUUCACCGUGAGUGAUCCUGCCAGGAGUGCAAGACUCUAGACAACAUAGCUCUGAGGAUCAUUGGGACACACAAGCCUCUCUACCACUACAAGGUCUCAGUCCACAGAGAGGAUCAUGAAUAUAUGUGGGGUCAAGUAGUACAGCAGCUAAGUAUCUUGCUAUGGCUCCCAAGAUGUGAGUGUGAGUCUUGUUCUGGACUUUUGCUAAAGGCUGCCCCUAACUGACCCAGCUUCAAAUGAGUACCUAGUUGCUUCAGCAGGCAAAUGACACACAAGAGCCAUGUCACUCCGUGUACUGUCGACUGUAGCGAUCGGUGUGCCUUUACUGUGCUAGCCCGCUGGGCUGCCAAGUUCAGUGAGACUUUUUGGCCUUGAUAUAUUGUUGGUGCUUAGCAGUAGUAACACAUCUAAAUAGCUUCAGUGACUUAGCAGCUUCCCCUACCAACUUCCCCUGUUCAUGUACUCCACUGGAAGUCCCAUAUGACUUGGACAGGAAAGGGUGCUUACUUUACCUGUUCAGAGGGACUUUUCUGGCCAUGUUGCCUCCAGAAUUUCUCUCUGUUCAUUUAUAUCCUCCAUAGUCCCUAAUGGGCCAUGGGAUUGCUCCCAGCUCUUCCAUUCAUAGUGUGAACACUAACAUGAUUGUGGCAGGAAAGAACUACACAUCAACUCUCAUGGCAAUGAUCUUACUGUGUUGGGGUUAGGGAGAGUGACAUCAGAGCAAAGCUUAGAUGUUCUCCCCGAUCCUCUUUUUCACUUGGAUUUUGGCAGUAAUACAAGGAACAAAGUUGAGAUCUCUGACAUGUUGGAUCAGUUAGUUCGCUACAUUUGGAAUAUUGCUAUUAGCACCAAUAUCUUACUAGUAAAAACCUGGGUUGUGUUUUUACCCAAACACUUAAUAGGCAACCACUGUACAAUUUGCCAGGUACAUUGGGUCUGCUCUAUUCUGUCAUCAAAGGGUUAAUUUAUGCUUGUAUUUUCAGAGGGUCUUACUAUAGAUAAACAGGUUGGACUAGAGUUUCCUUUCAUUUACACUGGAGGAAAACAGAAAUCACUUUGUGAAAGAACAUGAGAUUAUACCAGAAAAAGGGAAUAUCAGACUUUAAUUUCUCUCUUCAAAUGUAGAAUUUGUUUGAGCUGCAUUAUCAUAAACUCAAACACACAGGUGUAGCAUGAAGGCAUUUUGUUGGCUUUUUGUAUAUUGUUUGGCAAUAUCAAGAUACCAUCACCCAUAUGUGCAGAUGAGAUGAGCCAUGUGAUAGCAGAACUUGUAGAUUUGCCAAGAAUGUGAGAUAAAGUGAGUAUUUAUUGCUCAUAGUGAGAGUGUUUAAUUGCUAAACUAUCUGCAUGUGGAAAUGAACAACUUUACUUCCAUCUUGUAGUGACACGAUACAAUAGCUGUAUGAUGAUAUGGAGGGUGUAUGCAGUCACAGACUGGAUUAAACUAAUUUUUAAAGGCA